UUACCGAGAAGUUUUCUUAUUACCCAUGCUAGCCGCCCUGAUUCAUACCUAGCUAGAUGUUUGUACAGUAAGUUAAUUUGGUGUGUUUUUUAUCGAUAUAUUGCAUCACAGACUGCACGCCAUUUUUAUCCAUCAAAAAGGAAACAUCCUGAGAAGGUUACAGAAGCCUUCGGCUCGAAACAUCCCGGAAAUGGCACUUCUUCCUCUUUAGGAAGUGAAGACAUCGAUGAAGCAGUUCAGCAAGUCUUGCUCAACUUCUAUUUAGCUCAUUAAUCGUGGAUAUCCUGAGUUGGAUGAUAAAAUGGCUCUCACUGAGCAUAUUAAGAUGAUCUGCAAAAUUAUCAAAGAUAUUGUUCCAGCUUUCACCAGCGGGAUUGUCACAGUGAGCAUCAUAUCGUGUGUUUUAUUUGCAAUCCAAACAUGUUUGAGCUUAAAACAAGGCAUCUUCAGCAUCGGCGCAAGUGUUUUUCAAAACGGACACCUAUACUGCAUCCUGAUGUUUCCCUUUUACCACCGAACCUUUGCUCAGCUUCUUCUGAACAUCACAACUUUGGUGUUUCUCAGCGGGAGCUUGGAGAAAGGUGUGGGGACGGUCCGUUUCCUCUUUCUGUUCCUCCUGCUGUCCUCGAUCAUAGGCUUGUUUUACAGCUUCAUGGAUCUCCUGCAGGAGGACGGCUUCCAGGGUCACACUGAGGGUUUGGUUCCCGUCACUCUUGCCUCUGUGGCUAUAACUACCAUGCACACAAAGAUGACUAAAGCCUUUCUAUGUGGAGUGAGUUUUCCCACUAUGGCCCUUCCUUGGGUGUUCCUUGUCAUCACCACUGCUCUGGUCCCUUACUGUGUGCUGCCCUGUAAUGUGAUUGCCAUCCUGGUUGGGGUGAUGUAUGGUAAAGGAUGGGUCUCUUUUCUGGACAUGUCUGAGGCCAAGGCUGGAGUUCUGGAGAAGUUGUUGCCUUUUAGGCUGUUCAGGACCAUCAGUGGUGAUAUGUUCAUCCCAGCUUCCUCUGAGGACAGGAAGAAGACCUUGCUUCCACAGAUCAAUCCCACACCUGGGUCUUACCCAGUGCAAGCUUAUGCUCCAUUACCCACUGCCAACACUGCUGCCAUGACUUAUGAAGGCUGGCCACACCAGGCGAGUCCCACACCACCUCUUAGUCUUCAUGGACAUGUUGCAGGACACAGCUCUGGACACUUUUCACCACAGAGUUUCGACCACAGCUGCAACCACAGUCACAGCCAUGGCCACGGUCACAGUCAUGGUCAUAGCCAUGGCCAUAAGAGCGGAGGAUCACUGUUACAAGAGUAGAUGUUUUCAGAUGAGUUUGCCUUGGCAACGAUCCACUUAUGAAGGCUUAUCCUAUAAAAGCUACUCAGUUUUUAUCAUCUAUAAGAUCCUGCAGCAUCUCAGCACUGAUUGUUUCUGCCUGCUUGUAUAAUUAAUUGUAGUUUUUUUUUUUU